AUGAAAAAAUCGGAUUUUUUCAUUCUCCUCUCAACUAUCAGCUGCUUUUUGCUGGUUGUUGUUGAGGGCGUUUCGCAACCUAUCAAAAGUGAGUUUUUUAUUUUUGAAAAUCAUGUGAGAAAAAGUUCAAGUCUGGCUGAAAUUUUGAUGGUUUUGUGCAAAGUUUGAGCGAGUUUUUGAUGAUGACGUGGAUUUUGAUUUUUAUCGCUUGCCCCAGAUGAACUUUUGAUAAAAAUAUCGAAAUAUACAAAAUCGAUCAUGCUUUUCACGAUCCUCAAGUUGAAAAUUGCCUGUGCGCAUUUUUCGGAAGUUGGAAUUGAGUUUCAGUUUUCACCAUGUUUCAGGGUGAAAGAGGACUUUUAUAACUUGGAUAAUAUGUUGUUGAGCACUUUCGAAUGGAUUUUGAGCUUUUGCUUCAUUUUUAAUGGGCCUAUGCAGAAUAAUAUUUUUCCUAUGCAGAAAAACGUCGAAAAAACAAAAUAUACAGUUUAUUAUUUUGAGUAGAGACAAUGUGAAAUUGAGAGAGUGCAGACAGUUUUUUGUAUUUUUUGUGCGAAAAAUACAAAAAACUGUCUGAGAUCUCUCAAUUUCACAUUGUCUCUGCUCAAAAAUAGUAAACUGUAUAUUUUGUUUUUUCGACGUUUUUCUGCAUAGGCCCAUAAAAAAUAAAGCAAAAUCUCAAAAUCCAUUCGAAAGUGCUGAACAAUAUAUUAUCCAAGUUAUAAAAGUUCCCUUUUCACCCGGGAACAUGGUGAAAACUGAAACUCAAUUUCAACUCCAGAAAAUUGCUCACGGGCAAUUUUCAACUUCAGGAUCAUGAUAAGCAUGGUCGAUUUGGUAUAUUUCGAUGUUUUUUAUCGAAUUUUCAUCUGGGGCAAGCUAUGAAAAUCAAAUUCGACCAGGAAACAUUCCCACGUCAUCAUAUUUAAAAUAAAAAACGUGACGUGACCUAGAAAACCACCACGUCAAUUUAUUGAUUUUUGAAAAAAAAAGUCAUUUUUCACAUUUUUUAAUUCUAGAAACGUCUAGAAAUAGAAAUAGUGAGUCAGAAAAUUGAGAAUUUUUCAAAAUCCCGGAAUUUUCCAGCAAGUUGUGCCAGCAACGAGACAUUCCAAUGCGACGACGGUCGUUGCAUUCCACUAGCGUGGCGCUGCGACGGCGACAUCGAUUGUCGAAACGAGGAGGACGAGCGCAAUUGCCCGAGCACAUGCUCGGCAAGCGAGCACAAAUGCGGUGAGGCGCCAGGCAAAUCGAGCCGAAUGGCCAUCGAACGAUUCAAGUGUAUUCCGGAAAAAUGGGUUUGUGAUGGAGAGUUUGAUUGUGAGGAUAAGUCGGAUGAGAAGGGAUGUAAACGUGAGUUUUUUGAGGGGGAAAUGGGUUUGGGUGGCCUAGAAAACCAAAUCUUGACCUAGAAAACCGAAUAUGUGGUUUUGGUGGCCUAGAAAACCAAGUAAAUUGCUGCGAUGGCCUAGAAAUCCAAAUUCUAACCCAGAAAACCAAAUACAUGGUCUAGGAAACCAAAUUAUGGUCUAGAAGCUCGAAAUCCCAUUCUUCGUGGCCUAGAAAACUAAAUCAUGACCUAGAAAACCAAAUACCUGGUUUUGGUGGCCUAUAAAACCAAAUACAUGAAUUUGGUGGCCUAGAAAACCGAAUACCUGUUUUUGAUGGCCUAGAAAAUCGAAUACAUUGUUUUGGUGGCCUAGAAACCCAAAUUCUGGUCUAAAAGCUCAAAAUCCUGUUCUCAGUGGACUAGAAAAUCAAGUACAUGGUUUUGGUGGCCUAGAAAUCCAAAUCAUGACCUAGAAAACCGAAUAAACGGUUCUGGUGGCCUAGAAAUCCAAGUGAAUUGUUGCGAUGGCCUAGAAAACUAAAUAUGUAGUUUUGGUGGCCUAGAAAAUCAAAUUAUGGUCUAGAAGCUCAAAAACCCAUUAUUCGUGGCCUAGAAACCCGAAUUCUGGUCUAGAAAACCGAAUACAUGGUUUCGGUGGCCUAGAAAUCCAAAUACAUGAUUUUGGUGGCCUAGAAAUCCAAAUUCUGGCCUAGAAGCUCAAAAUCCCAUUAUUCGUGGCCUAGAAAACCAAAACUAACCUAAAACUUCGAUUUUAACUCAACAUCAAAAAUUCAGCUGAAAGUUCUUGAAACAAAAUUUCGAAAAAAAACAGAAAUUUUGACGAAAUUUGAUGAAAAUUCCCUUUUAGAUCCGAAUUUUUCAACAAAAAUCCAAAAUGUUCCGUUUUUCAGAAGUCUCAUGCGACUCGAAUCAAUUCAAAUGCGACGAUUUCGACGGCGAAUACAAUCUGUGCAUUCCAAAAACGUGGGUUUGCGAUGGUCAACGCGAUUGUGCCAACGGACAAGACGAAAAAGAGUGUAAACAGGGCAAAUGUGCCAAAACCGAUUUCGCGUGCAACAAUGGAAAUUGUAUAUUUGGAAGUUGGAAGUGUGACGGUGAAGAUGAUUGUGGAGAUGGAUCGGAUGAAUUGAUUGGCGGACUAUCGAUGUGUAAUACAACUGUUUCGAAUUGUGAUAAAAAUGAUAUGUGGAAGGUGGGGGAAUUUGGGAGGUUUUGAUGGAAAAAUUGUGAAAAUUCAACCAGAAAUACCUGUUUUCAUUGAAAAUUUUCGAUUUUUUCAUUUUUCGGCGAUAAAAAUGGCUCAAACUAGUCAAAACGAACGAAAAAAUGUUUUUAAAUGUUUUUUUAACAUUGAAAGAUCAAUUCACGAAAAGUCAAAAAAUGAAAACAUUGUAGAUUAACAGUUUUGAGUUUUUCAGCCAAAAAUGAUGAGAUUUUCAAAGCUUCCGGAUUGAUUUCUGAUGAAAAUUGAGCUUCAGAAGUUUUUUUUUAAUUUUCAAAUUUUUCAGAACUUCAAAAAAAGGUAAAAUAGGGUUCUGGAAGCUUAUUUUCAUUAGAAAUCACUGCAGAAGAAUCAGAAAUCUCGAUUUGUCAUCAUUUUUGACUGAAAAAUUUGAAAAACUAAUUUUUACCUACAAUGUUUUUCAGAAUUGAUCUUUCGAUGUUAAAAAAACAUGUUUUUUUUAAUUUUUUGGCUCCUGAAACAGCCCCUAAUGAAAAAUCAACUAUUUUGACUAGUUUGAGCCAUUUUUGGCCCCGAAAAGUGAAAAAAAUCGGAUUUUUGGAGCCAAAACCAACUUUUCAGCCUAGAAGUUAUCCUAACUCACUCGAAAAACAUCUCCAAAAUAUGAUUUUUCGCAAAAGUGUACCUGUGAUCCGCGUUUUCCAGCAGAAAAUUAAGAAAAUUAAAUUUUUUUUCCAGCAGAAAAUUGAGAAAAAUUAAACUUUUAGCCAAUUUUCAAGCCUAGAAGUUAUCCUAAAAUUUGUUUACUCCACCCUGACUUGCAUUAACUCGAUACCUUUUUGUUUAUUUUUUUUCUCUGCGAUCCAAACAAAUUUGUUUACAAUUUUGGCUAGAUUUUUAAUUGGUUUAUUCAAAAAAUAAAUAAAAGUGCACGGAGGUCCAAAGUUUCAAAUUUCUUAUCAAAAAAAGAAUUUUUUUUUCGAUAAAAAAUGCACACAAAAAUUGGGGGAUUGUGAAGAAAAUUUGCAAAAAAAUCAAGAAAAAUUUGAAUUUUCCAAUUUUCCAGUGUCGAUCCGGCGAUUGUAUUCCAAAAAGAUGGCAUUGUGAUGGUGAGACUGAUUGUUUGGAUCAUUCGGAUGAGAAGAAUUGCACUGAAGUCAAGCACACGUGUAAAUUGAAUGAGGUGAGAGCAUUUUGAGCCGAAAUGGUCGGAUUUUGGGUUUCUAGGCCAGGAAAAUGUUGAAAACCACAAAAUUUUGACCUAAAAAUACUUAUUUUUAUUGGGUUUCAAGGAUUUUUGUCUAUUUUUUACCAAAAUUUGAAUUAAAGCUUUGAAAAAACUCAAAAAUCCCAAAUUUUGACCUGAAAAUCCAGUUGAAAUGUUCAAAAUUGGCCCAAUUUCACUCAUGGCCGAGCUUGGGUUUCUAGGCCAACUAAAUCAUUUUUUCUUGGAUUUUUGUCUAUUUUCCAACAAAAUUUGAUUAAAAUCUUUGGAAAAUCUCAAAAAUCCCAAAUUUUGACCUAAAAUACUGAAAAUUAUCAGAAAAAUCUUGUGAUUUUCUUAAAAAAAUGGCAUAUUUUGCACUCAAAAACCACCUUUUUUUCCCAGGAAUUUGCUUGCAAAGCCUCAAAUGCUUGUAUCUCAAAAGCCUUUAUUUGUGAUGGCGACGAAGAUUGUCCAGAUGGUUCAGAUGAAGCUGAUUGCACUGAUUUCCGCUCGGAAUGUUUGGAAGGUGAAAGAUCGUGUCCACCAACAUAUGGUGCUUAUGGAACUGGUUCUGGAAGACAUAUUUGUAUCCCGAGCAGCUCGUGGUGUAAUGGAAUUGAGGAUUGUCCGGAUGGUGGAGAUGAGAGAGGAUGUAAUAAGAGUGUUGGUGAGUUUUUCAAACUCUCUAAAAUUUGCCGGGAUUUUCUACCAGAAUAUUUGAAUUUGGAAUUGUUCCUCAAAUAAUCAAAUCAUCAUGAAAUAAUUUUUGACAAAAAAUUUGGGAAAUUUUUGAAACGUAUCAAAUUUGGAAUUUUUUCACUGUUUCAAAAAAUCAAUAAAAUUCAAAAAAACUUAAUUUUGCGAUUUUCUUCAUCAAAUUCAUUUCUAAAAAAAAACGGAAAUUUUUUUGUUUUGAAAUUUUUUAAAGAAAAUCUGAAUUUGGAAUUCUCUCAACCAAUCAAUGAAUGCAAUAAUCAUGAAAUAAUUUCUGAAAAAACAUUUGGGGAAUUUUUGAAACGUACAAAAUUUUGGAUUUUUUUCACUGUUUCAAAAAUCUUCAAAUGUUCAAAAAAAUUUAAUUUCGAAGUUUUUUCUUUCCAAAUUUAUAUAAAAUCAGAAAAUUGCUGGAAAUGUUUCAUGUUUUCCGAAAUUUUCUACCAGAAAAUAUGAAUUUGGAAUUUUCUCAACCGAUAGAUAGAAUAAUCAUGAAAUAAUUUUUGACAAAAAAUUUGGGAAAUUUUUGAAACGUUUUUUGAAAAAUAAAUGUUGUAUUUUUUUCACUGUUUCGAAAAUCUUCAAAUGUUAAAAAAUAUUUAAUUUUGCGAUUUUUUUUCAAUUUCAUUUCUAAAAAAACUGAAAAUUGCAGUUAAAGCCUGGAAUUUUUCUUCUGAAAUUUGCAGUCAAAAUUGUCUUUAUUCCGAAAUUUUCUGGCAGAAAUUCUGAAUUUUGAAUUUUUCUGAAUCAAUGAAUGGAAUAAUCAUGAAAUAAUUUUUGACAAAAAAUUUGGGAAAUUUUUGAAACGUAAUAAAUUUUGUAUUUUUUCACUGUUUCAUAAUUUUUUAUGUUCAAAAAAACUUAAUUUCGCGAUUUUCUUUCUCAAAUUCAUCUCUAGAAAAAAACGGAAAUUUUUUUGUUUUGAAAUUUUCAGCUAAAAUUCCGAAAUGCUCUAAAAUCUGAAUAUAAAAAUUUGGGUAAUUUUUCACUGUUUCAAAAAUUUUAUGAAAAAACUUAAUUUUGCGAUUUUCUUUUUCAAAUUCAUUUCUAAAAAACGGAAAAUUGUAGCUGAAGCCUGGAAUGUUUCAUAUUUUCCGAAAUUUUCUACCAGAAAAUCUGACUUUCGAAUUUUUUCCACAAACAUGCAAUAGAAGAAUCAUGAAAUAAUUUCUGAAAAAACAUUUGGGGAAUUUUUGAAACGUAAUAAAUUUUGUAUUUUUUUCACUGUUUCAAAAAUUCAAUCUUCGCGUUUUCUCUUUUCAAAUUCAUUUCUAAAAACAACUCAAAAUUGUAGUUAAAGCUGGGAAAUUUUUGAAACGUAUCAAAUCCAGUAUUUUUUCACUGUUUCAAAAAAAAUCAAUAAAAUUCGAAAAAUUUUCCAGCCGACUGCAAAAAAGGCAUCGAAUUCAAAUGUCCCUCUUCGCCCCUCCAAUGCUUCAAUAAUACGGAUUUGUGUAAAAGCGCGAGAUUUGAUUGUGGUGAUGGAGAUUUGUCGGUUUGCGCUAAUAAAAAUGUGAUUGGUGAGUUGGAUUGAGAAAUUUGAAUCUAGGUCAUUUUUAGGUUAAAAUCAGGAUUACCCUAAAAUUUACCUGAAAAUCCUCGAUAUUUUUGCAGAAAUGUGUAAACCUGGUUCAAUUGGUUGUACUUGUCAUGCCUCAUAUGUUGCCUCAAAUGUGGUUUGUCAUUGUAAAGAAGGUUGGCAAAAAUCGGAUGAUGGAGUUUGUGUUGGUGAGUUUUUUCACUUUUUCUCAAAAUUUUCGGACAUUUGAGCUCGAAAACCGCGAUUUCAAGCUGAAAUUCGUUGAAAAUUGAAAAUUUUAAGCCUAAAAAUUGGAUUUUUUGUCUGAAAAUCAACAAGUUUGAUGCUGUUCUCUGAAUCUCUCACAAAAUUGUUUGUUUUUGAUUUUUCGCCCACUGUUUUUUUUUUUGCGCUAACUAAACAGUUAGCAAAUAAAUGAACGAGGAAGCACCGAGGCGCCUUUUUUCGACACAAAAAAUGGUCAGCUGCUGAUGUUUGCACUGUGAUAUUGAGAAAAGGUGGAAAAGGGACUUGAAAAUUGGGGUUUUGGGGGAGAAAAUUGGAUUUUUCAUGAAAAUUGGAUGAUUUUCAAGCAUUUUUGAUGUAGAAAUCAUGAAAAAUGAUUGAUUUUGAGCCGAAAUUGACUAAAACUAACAGAUGCGCUCUAUUGAACUCUACCCGUUACUUGGAAAAAUUUGAAUUCUCAUUUUUUUUCUCUCAUUUAAUUAAGGUUAUUUUCGGCUAAAUUCUUAAUUUUCAAGCUAAAAAAUCUAAUUUUGAUGAAAACUAGCAAAAGCGCUCUAUUGAACUCUAUCCGUCCUCUUAAGAAUUUCAAAUUUUCAUUUUUUUUUAAAUCAAAUUUACUGACUAACGUAUUAAGUUUUUUUUUUGCUAAGGUUUAGGUUAAUAAAUUUAUAAAAAGCCCUUAAGCAACCUAAAAAUUAUUUAAGACUACCCUAAAUCCCAUAAUCCUCUCCCCGAAUCUCUCAACUUUCUUCUUAAUUUAAUUUGAGCUAUUUUUGGCUAAAAUCUUAAUUUUCGAGCUAAAAAAAUAAAAUUUUGAUGGAAACUAGCAAAUACGCUCUAUUGAACUCUCCCCCCCCUCCCGUUUUCUUAAGAAUUUCAAAUUUUCAUUUUUUUUUCCCUCUGACGAACUUUCAACUCUUCAGACAUCAAUGAAUGCGACGAACCUGGAACAUGUGAUCAAAUCUGCGUCAACACACCCGGCUCAUAUCGUUGCUCAUGUCAUUCGGGAUAUAAGCUAAGUUUCGGCGCCGAACGAAUUCCGAACAGAUGUCGCGCGAUGGGCGGCGAUCCAAUUGUUUUGCUAUCGAAUCGCGUCUCGAUUCGACAAUUCGACCUCGUCACCAAUUCGCAUCAACCAUUGUCCAAUAAUCCCGGAAGUGCUGUUGCCAUGGAUUUCCAUUUUACUAAUGGAGUGAGUUUUUUUGGGAGGAAAAUCUGAAAUUUAUCUAAUUUUUCUUUACAGACUUUGGUUUGGUCCGACAUGACAACGAAGCAAAUUUUGAUGUGCAAAAUUGGUGGAAAAGCUGGUUCAAAUAGUGAUGAUAAGAUUUUGACGAGCCAAUCGGUGAGUAUUUUCGCUCUAGAAAUUUGAAAAAAUUUUACUGUUUCAAAAAAUUUAUAAAUUUUUUUCCAGAUUUUUUUUUUAAUUGAUAGGAAUAUGGUACAAUAAGGAAUUUUGCGUUGAAAAUUAUGAAACCCCCGAAAAUUGAGAAUUUCAUGAUUUUAAGCGGAAAAUUUUGAUCUAGAAAUAUAAAUUCUCAAAUUUUUUACUGUUUCAAAGAAUUUAUGAAUUUUUUCGUGUUUUUUUUUGGAUAUUUUACAACAUAAUCUUUGUCGUUAGAAUUUCGCGUUGAAAAUCAUGAAACCGCUGGAAAUUGCUGAAAAUUUAGGUUUUCAUGAUUUUAAGCGGAAAAUUUGGAUCUAGAAAUAUAAAUUCUCAAAUUUUUCACUGUUUCAAAGAAUUUAUAAUUUUUUUCGUGUUUUUUUUUUGGAUAUACGAUAACGUUAGUAGUUAGAAUUUCGCGCUGAAAAUCAUUGGAUCCUUGAUUUUUGAUGAUUUUCAGCACAAAUUCUUGAUCUAAACAUGGAAAAUUCGAUUUUUUAUUUGGAAAAUUCUACUGUUUCAAAGAAUUUAUAAAUUUUUUCGGGAUUUUUUUGCAUUUGAUGAAUCAAUCAGUAAAAAAAAUAUUCUUGGUUAGAAUUUUGCGCUAAAAAUCGUGAAACCGCUGAAAAUUGUUGAAAAUUGAGGUUUUCAUGGUUUUCAGCGGAAAAUUUCGAUCUAGAAAUUUCCAAUUUUUUUACGUUUCAAAGAAUUCAUAACCGUUUAGGGGAAUUUUUGAAAAAUCUAUUAGAACUUCGUUUGCUUUCGAAAUUUUACACCGAAAAUCAUGAAACCGCUGGAAAUUAUUGAAAGUUGAGGUUUUCAUGAUUUUAAGCGGAAAGUUCUGAUCUAGACAUUUGAAAAAAAAAAUCACUGUUUCAAAGAAUUCAUAACUUUUUUGGGAAUUUUUUGAAAUUUGAUACAAUAUUAGUUAUGGUUGCCUAGAUUUUUCAAUGAUUUUCAGCACAAAAUUUCAGCCCCUUGAAAGAUCAUCAGUGAUUCUUGACCAAAUUUCUGAAAUUCAACAAAUAUGUCAAAAAAUAAUUUUCCAGUGCGAUCAAAAUCAUUUCGUCGUUCUCAACACGGAAAUCAACACUCCAGAUGGUUUGGCAAUCGAUUGGGUUCAUGAUUUGAUGUUUUGGACAGAUGGUGGACUCGAUCAAAUCAAUGUAAUGCAUCUAACAACUGGAAAACGACGAGUUUUGUAUUCAUCGGAUUUGGAAGAGCCCCGAGCGAUUGCAGUCGAUCCAGAUGCAGGACUCAUUUUCUGGACUGAUUGGGGAAAAGAGGCGCGAAUUGAGAGAUCUGGAAUGGAUGGACAACAUCGAGUUGUGAUUGUGAAAGGAGAUCGAAUCAAAUGGCCGAAUGGUUUGGCAUUGGAUUAUGUGGAUAAACGAGUUUAUUGGGCGGAUGCCAAGAUUAAGAGCAUUUUUAGUUGUGAUUAUUGGGGACAGAAUAUCAAGACGGUCCUACAUUCACACGAAUAUUUGAGACAUCCAUUCUCGUUGGCUGUCUUUGAGGAUCGAGUUUAUUAUACGGAUUGGGAACAUGAUGGAGUUAUUACGGUUAAUAAGGUGAGUGCGGGGCGAAUUUUUUGGUCAAAAAAUGUGAAUUAGACCCUCUAGACGCUGAUCCUUGUCGAAGUGGACCUUUAGGCUCGGCUACUUGACACAUAGGUCCUCUAGGUGUGUCUGCUUGACUACUAUGAUCUCUAGGCUCAGCUCCUUGACACUUGCGUUUUAUGGGCUAGCCUCCUUGACAGCGCGCAGCUACUUGAAAACCAAGCUCUAUAGGCGCUGAUCCUCGUCAAAGGGGAUCUAUAGAUGCGGCUACUUGAAAACUGGGUUCUCUAGGCGUGGCUCCUUGAGACUCCAAUUUUCUAGGCGCGGCGACUUUACACAUCGAUUCUCUAGGCGCGGCUUGACAGUAUGUGUCUCUAGGUUAUGCUGCUUUAAAACUGGGCUCUCUAGGCGCGGCUCCUUGACAGAGUUGAGCUCUAGACUCGGCUACUUCAGACCUAGUAUUUCUAGUCUCGUCUACUUGCGAUAGGAGAUCUCUAGGCGCUGAUCCUUGACAAUCCAAUUUUCUAGGCGCGGCUACUUGUCACAUCGAUUCUCUAGGUGUGUCUGCUUGAACUCUAGGCUCUAUAGGCGCUGAUCCUUGACUACUAUAAUCUAUAGGCGCGAGUACUUGACAACUAGACUCUCUAGGCGCUGAUCCUUUACAAUAGUGCUUUCAAGGCACUCGAAACAUUAUUUCACAAAAUUUUCAAACAAAUCUAGAUUUCCCUAGCUAACAUCAAAUUUCUAUUUUUUAUUCUUGCAGUUCACUGGCAAAGAUGUUCGUACUGUAAUGGACAAAGUCGCCUCACCAAUGACUGUUCGAAUCUAUCAUCUCCAAGCUCAACCAAAUAUGACUAAUAAAUGUCAAGAUUCGGAUUGUGAUCAUAUUUGUUUGCCACGUGCCGUCUAUCGCGAAUCGGACAGACACGACGAAAAACCGUGGCAUGAUCGACCAUUCUCGUGUGCGUGUGAAGGAACGAAACCAUCGGACAUAUUGGAUUGUGUUGCUGAAAUUGAGGCGGCCGCACAGACUGGAAUCUCGUUGUUCACUGUGUUUUUGUUCAUUUGUAUGGGAAUUGUGGCGGGAAUGGUGAGGCAUUUUGGGAGGGUUUUUGAACCUUGAAAAUUUCAAAAUUUUUUAGAAGAUUCUUGGUCCCGGGACAUUAAAGGUUUCCUGGAGGUUUUUGGUCCCGGAAUCUUGGAAAUUUCAAAAUUUUUCAUCAAAAAUCAGAUUUUUGGAAGAUUCUUGGUCUCGGGACCUUGAAAACUGAUUUGAGAGAAUUUGAGCUCGGAAACUGGAUUUUAGGACAAAUUUGGCUCCGGAACCUCAAAUUUGAGCGAAAAUGAGCCGGAAACUUGAAAAUUUGAGAGAAUUUGAGCUCGGAACCAUGAUAUUGGGACAAUUUUGGCUCUGGAACCCCAAGUUCUGGAAUUUUUUGAAAAAUUGACUCUGGAAACAUGAAAUUUCAAAAUUUCUCUAGAUUUCUAAAGGGUUUCGACCCUGGGAGCUUCAAAACUGGAAUUUUGAAAGAACUUGAGCCUGGAAUCUUUAUUUUGGACAAUUUUGGUUCUUGAACUUGAAAACUUGAAAAUUUCAACAUUUUCGAUGAAAAUUUGAUUUAUAAAAGGAGUUUUGACCAUGGGACCAUUGAAACUUUAAUUUUUAUCUGGAAAUUCAGGUUUUUCGUUAUUUUUUGACCCAGAAACCUGGAAAUCUUGAUUUAUGAUCAUUUUUAGUUCAAAUAAAUAAUUUCGAAACAAAUUUUCAGUUAAGAAAUUCAAAUUUUCACCAAUUUUUAACCUAAUCUAGCAAAUUUCAAUAUAUUUUUUGCAGAUCUUUGUAUAUAUGCGUCGCCGUAAACCAUCUGGCUCAUUCACAGCUCUCAACUUUGAAAAUCCGAUUUAUCGUCGAAACGAGGAUGCUCAUCAAAUGGAAGAUCCAUUCAGAGAUCCAUUUUCGGCUGAAAUUGGUGAACGAAACAGUAAUAAUAGUAGUGGAUUGCCUGUGUUGGUUGAUGAUCGAAAUUCGGAGGUAUGGAGGGGUUUUGGGAUAAAAAUAAGGUUUUUAGCCAGAAAAUCUGGAAAUUUUUGAGCUAGAAAUACGUGUUUUCCAGAAUUUUCUGGGUGAAAAUUGAAACAUUUAAAAAUAAAUUAUUUUUGAUCCUAGAAAAAUUUAGAAAAAAGAUUUUAUCGAUUUUUCUAGAAAUUUUUCAUGAUGAUUUUUCUGAAUUUUUAGUAUUUUUUGACUGAAAAUUUGGAAUUUCAGCCCAAAAAUUCUAAAAAUCACGCAUUUUCAGGCUCAGGAAAUCUGGAAAAUGAAAUUUUUGACUGAAAAUUUUGAAUUUUUAUUAAUUUUCUGAAAUUUUUCGAAAAUUGGCGCUUUUCAGACCUAGAAAAUAUGGAUUUUAAAUUUUCAGCCGAAAAUCAAGGUUUUUCUUUUUUCUGAAUUUUUAUGAUUUUUCUGAACUUCUAGUAUUUUUUGACUGAAAAUUCGUAAUUUUAGCCUAAAAAUUCAAAAAAUUACGCAAUUUUAGGCCCAGGAAAUCAGGGAAUUCAAAUUUUUUACCCGAACUUUUGAAAAAAAAAUCAAUAUUUUCAGAUCCCCAGUCAUCUUGGCGUCUAA